GAACUUACGUCGCAGAUGGACUUUCGCUAGAUAAAUGCAACCCUGAGGGAUAUGAAACUGAUAUGUUAUAUUGAGGGGUGAACAAUACGAAGUCUGAUUUUUGAGUCUGGCUGAUGAUGGUAUAUAAAAGAGCGUUCUCACCGGAUAUUAGUAUACCAAAAAUCACUCGUUUAUCGUUCAUUCUCUUCAACCCGAUAUCGUUCUUCAGAGCUGUGCUCUAGUCUUUCUUUUUACCCUCUCUUUUAUUUACUAUUGUACUUCUGGUAAGAAGCUCUAUCAAACCAUGAGGGUCUUCGUCAUCUUUACUCUCGUUACGUCCAUCCUGGCAGCGCCCACACAGACGCUCGACCGCCGCCAGCCGAACAGUGUGAUUCCUUCUGCACCGUCCGAGGUGAGCGUUGGUGUCAAAGCGAUGGCAGCUCCCGCCCCCAGCGCUCCCCCUCAAGCACCUGCCCCUGGAGGGCAAUCGGGAGGUGGUAGCGCUGCUGGCGGUGGACUGGGUGAUCUCGCGAACCUCAUAGGACAGGGUGUACAAGGGAUCACCAAACUAAUUAGCACUAUUGCUGGGGCUGCCGGCGGUGGCGGCGGCGAGAGUGGUGGAGGAGGCCAAAGUAGUGGAGGAGGUGACCUGACCAACCUCAUUGGUGAAGGGGUCAAGGGCCUCAGUAGCCUUGCUGGCGCUGCAGGCGACGCUGGCGGUGGACUUGGAGAUCUCACAAGUCUUAUUAGUAAUGCUGCUGGCGGCCUGGGCAGCAUUGGUAACCUCCUCGGUGGCCUAGGUGGUCUAGGUGGGCUGCUUCGAAGAGACGUAACCCCAGACCUUAUUGCGAGAGCCAUCGAGAAUAUGGAGCUACCCGAUUUGGAUGAUGAUGAAUGCAUAAUAGAGAAGCUAGGUGGCUUACUUCCAGGAGACACCAGUCGCGCUUGGUAAAAGUCAUGCAGCUGAGCAAUUCAAAACCUGUUUACGAUGGAAUACCUAUUGGUUUGAUUGAGGGAGACUAUGUAUCCCUUCGCAGGCAAGGCGCUAUGUGUGCUAGUUAAUGUGGUCCGCCAGCUGCUUAUCGUUAUCUAUUGUUGAUGU